UGUGGGUGGAAGACAGCAGUGAGAGCUCAGAAACCUCAGGCAGAACAGAGCCUGGAGGAGAGGAGUGAGUGAAAAAGAGAAGGACAGUAGAAGGUAGGGGGGAGAUAGCAGCUACCAGACAUAUAGACAUCAAGUUCAGCAGGAGACGUGGGUAAAACUGCAGAUUAGGUGAAGAGAGUUGAUGGGGAUAAUUUGUUUGGAGGCUAGGUGUGAAAUAGGAAUAAGCAGUGGCAUCUGACAGCAAGAAAGGAGCCCUCUUCUCCAGUGUUAGCCCAUAAAUCUUCAGGAGCAUCUUACAGAGGUUCCAUUCACCUUGCUCAGUUUUUUAGGCUUUGGACCACAAUACAACUGGUAUAUGCAAGGAAACUUCAUGGCGGAGAGACCUGGCAGACCAGAUGAACUGAAACGUGCUCCCAAACCAAGGCAAAACAAGCACAGAUCAGACUUGCCUCCCUCGUACCCUUGGUGAGCUACAGCUUUAUCGUGUCCUACAGAAAGCAAAUUUGCUGGGUUACUAUGACACAUUCAUCCAGCAAGGAGGUGAUGACGUGCAGCAACUUUGUGAAGCUGGGGAAGACGAGUUUUUGGAGAUCAUGUCCUUGGUUGGCAUGGCAACUAAGCCAUUACAUGUCCGACGACUGCAAAAAGCCCUGAGAGAUUGGGCCACCAACCCCGGACAAUUUAACCAGCCACCUUUGGGCAGCGUGACUGUCAACAGCAGCAUACCAUUAUUCAAGAUAUCUGAAACAGGAAGGGGUGGAAGACAUAGUAACGGUCAUCUCAGCAGUGUAGAAGGUCAGGGUAAAGGCACUUUAGCUUUUGGACACCCAGAAAAACUUGAACAGAGUGGCAAGUGUUCCCCUUCCCAACCGGAAAGGAGAGCUUGGAUAGGCCAAAUUCCUAUGGACCUAGAUGAAGGAGUUGAUGAGUAUGGUGAUGAGGAAGAUGAUGAAGGGACCAUGCAACUUGCCCAAACUGGUGAAAGACUAAAUGCUGAGAUGGUACAAGUUAUUUCAGAUAGUGUGGAAAGGCUGAUGAAAGGGUUGCCUCGAGGAGAUCUAGUUGAGGCUCGAUCCAUUCUUAAGCUAAACAAGAAAUUGGGACGUUCACUGGGCCAUAUCUUUCACAUGAGUGAUGGAGGUCAGAGGAAAGAACGGGAGAUUCGCCGGCACAGUGCUAUCUAUGGAAGAAGUGAAUCCAAGAGACGAGAGGGGAAGAGGCUCACAUUACAUGAGCUUACAAUAAACGAGGCAGCAGCUCAGUGUUGUAUGAGAGAUAAUACAUUACUGCUACGCAGAGUGGAGCUGUUUUCACUGGCAAGGCAGGUUGCCAGAGAGAGCUCGUACUUGGCUUCACUCAAGUGCACCAGAUUAAAUCCAGACGAUACUGGGGCACCACAGACAAAAAUGCUGAAACAAGAGGCUGUGGAGGGGGAGCCAGAGAAUGGGACAACAGCAAUCAGAAUUAGCCUGGAUGAAGACAGUGGCAGCAUGUCUGGAGAGAGCAUUGAUGGACAUCUGCAAGCUGUGGCUCUGAGAAUACCCUCUUCCCCUGGAGCGCCCCCUGCUGACAUCUCUCUUACUUUGCCACACACUGCCCCCUGGAGCAGACAACUUCUGCAGCAGACACUGAUGGAUGAGGGUUUACGAUUAGCCAGACUGGUGUCACGUGACAGAAUGGGGCGCCUCAGUCUCUGCAUUCCUAGUACGCCUCACAUCGCAGAAUGUGAUGAUGGAGGAUCUGAAAGUUGUUCAAGUCAACCGGUUUCACCUCAAAUUAAAGAAUUCCGGUCUGGGAACAGCAAGGGGGUGGAGGAAAACAACUGAGAAGAAUUUAAGGCCAGAGCUUUGUAAUGAAUAGGUGCUAAAUACAAUAUUAGAGGUGAAAGUAGUCCACAAAUCAUGACCCAUCUAAGACGCAAAGCCAUCUCUCAUUGGUGAGAACCUAAAAUAACUGCAGUACACACAAAUUACACGAAUACCUGUAUAGACCACAGUAAAA